CUUCUCAUUAAUUGUCAUCCUUUGGGAAUUUCUGUACUGCCAAAGACAUCUGAUAACCAGUAAUACAACCCGCCCGUCAGAUCUGAACUGAAGGGUACCACGUCUGUCAGGCCCUCCUCGGUCACUGCUGCACAAACCUGCUGAGCCUUCCAGCCCAAGGAGUCGGCGCUUCCUCCUGACAUAAACACGCAGCUCUUCCUUUUGAAAUCUCACCUGUCCGCUGCAUUAUUUACUCUUCAUAAACAGCUGCCAAGGGAAAUAAUUCUUUGCUUUCUUAUCCUGAGUCACUGAUAUCAGGCUAUCAAUUCAUUUCUACGCAUUUCUACGCUUCACUUAAAAUUCUGAUCUGCUGCUCUUAAUACAGUUUGCCACCCCCCACCCACCCCAAAACCACACCUGUGCUCCUGGGCGUACAUUAAUUAAAGAGGAGUACAUUUCGGUUGACAAAUCCAGUCAUAUAAUUAACCCAGGACAAAGGAAAAUCCAUUUUUUGUCUUUCAAAAAUAACUUAGAAAUAAAACUAUAUUGAUUUUGAAGAGCUUCCAGCUCAAAGCUUCUAACCUUCUGCCUUUGAUCUUCUUGCUAAUUUCUUAUUUAACACCCAGGGAACACCGAUCUGCCAGAGGUUUGUACCAGAAAAGUACUGUGAACAGAAACACAUUUUUGACACGCAUGCUGGGAAGUAUCAGAUGAAAGGGAUCGUUCUAGUUACCUGAGCAUAAUUCUAUAAAAAUAGCCCCAAACCAAGAAAGCAAUGAGUAUGUAAUGACAAAAAAAUUAUUUAAGAUGGAUUUAAAUGUGAAAUUUACGCUCUAUUGCACAUGGCAAAACAUUAUCGUGAUGUCUUAGCUCUACUCCACCCAUUUCUCCUUGCACAGCAAACACCUGCAGGGUGCCAGAUUUCCGCUCCCGUGGGCAAUUUAGAUUUGCACGCAUCAUUUAGUUUGGUCUGGAUUUACUAAACUGCUUUUCUCCUCCCUAAAUUUGAAAGAGAGGGAGAGAAAGAAUUCCGGCUUUGUUCGGGGGCGGGGUUAGGGUUAGGGUGCUGCACACCACGACCCCUACAUAAAGGGACCGCGGUGCCCCGGCCUGCCCUGCUCCGCGCCCGGCUCCGCGCAGCACCAUGGCCCUCUCUGUGCGCAGCAGCGCGGGACCCCGGCAGUUCUCCUCUCGGAGCGGCCUUGGCGGGGGAUCUCUGAGGAUGUCCGGCGGCAGCACUGGAGGCGGCUUUGGCGGCGGCCUCGGGUUUGGCGCUGGAUCCGCCGCAGGGUUCGGUGCUGCUUCUGUGCUGGGCUCCGGCUUCGGCGGGGGCUUCGGGAGCAGCGCAGGCAGCGGCUUUGGCGGAGGCUUCGUUAGCGGCUCAGGAGGCGGCUAUGGAAGCGGCUCAGGCAGUGGCUUUGGUGGAGGUUUAGGAAGCGGCUUUGGGAGCGGUUCAGGCGUCGUUUUUGGAGGCGGCUUUGGCAGCGGCGCAGCUGCUGGUUUUGGAGGUGGAUUUGGCGUCGGUGGUGGUGGGGAUGGCGGCCUUCUUUCUGGUUCUAAAAAAGAAACGAUGCAGAACCUCAAUGACCGCCUGGCCGCUUAUCUGGACAAAGUGCGAUCCCUGGAGGACGCCAAUACGGAGCUGGAACGAAAAAUCCGAGAGUGGUAUGAGAAAAAUGGGCCUGGAGCUGCUGUUCCGGGAUCUGGGAACGACUACAGUAAAUAUUACCCAAUAAUUGAAGAUCUUCGAAACAAGAUCAUCAAUGCGACUAUCGACAAUGCAAGAAUCAUUCUGCAGAUUGAUAAUGCCAGACUGGCUGCUGAUGACUUCAGACUGAAAUAUGAGAAUGAAGUGGCCCUUCGCCAAAGUGUGGAGGCUGAUAUCAACGGUCUGCGCAGAGUUCUGGAUGAGCUGACCUUGACAAGAGCCGAUUUGGAGAUGCAGAUUGAAAGCCUGAAUGAAGAACUGGCUUAUCUCAAGAAGAAUCACGAAGAGGAGCUCCAGGGUCUCCAGAGCAGCGCAGUUGGUCAAGUCAGCGUUGAAAUGGAUGCAGCCCCAGGAAUUGACCUCACCAAGCUUCUGAAUGACAUGAGGGGGCAGUACGAAGUCAUUGCUGAGCAAAACCGUAAAGAGGCUGAAGCGUGGUUCAAUGAAAAAAGUGGGGAGCUGAAAAGGGAGAUCUCCACCAACACCGAGCAGCUUCAGUCAGGAAAAAGCGAGAUCACUGAUCUGAAACGGACUCUUCAGAACUUGGAAAUUGAGCUACAGUCUCAGCUUGCCAUGAAAAAAUCCCUUGAAGACACGUUAGCAGAAACAGAAGGAGGUUACUGCGCUCAGCUUUCACAAAUGCAGCUUCAGAUUGGGAACCUGGAGGCUCAGCUGCUGCAGGUCAGGGCUGACAUGGAGCGCCAGAGCGCCGAGUAUCAGCAGCUUCUCGACAUCAAGUCUCGCCUGGAAAUGGAGAUCGAAACCUACCGCCGCCUGCUGGACGGCGAGUUUGUGGGUGGCGGGCAGGGAGUUGUAUUUGAAAGCUCAUCCUUGACGGGGCCGAAGUCACAAACGCAGUCACUGGAUUCUUCUCAGGAUCCCACCAAAACCAGAAAGAUCAAGACGAUCGUUGAGGAAGUGGUGGAUGGAAAAGUUGUUGCAUCGCACGUGAAGGAAGUUGAAGAGAAGAUAUAGGGCACAACCUGAGAUCACAAAGGAUCCAUUCUUUCCAUGUUUCUUUCCAAGCAGGAGUAUAAAUAAGUUUGUUCUUUUGAGUGAAGUAAAAAAAAAUAGAUUGGCUUUUUCUAAGAUUCUUUGAUAGAAGCAGAACAUACUUUUUCAUUCUUAGCAGCCGUGCAAUACAUUUCCACUUCAGUCCAUUGGUAUUACCCGCAUUAUUUUCAUGGUGUUCUUUAAGACUAUCAUCAAUUCUCUGUUCAGUUACUAGAAAUAUUGUGCACACAUUCAAUCAAAUAUGCUUUCCUAUAUUUCUGAGCGAAUAGAAUUAAUAGAUAAUACAUUUUUGCUGUUUUAACCAAGUUUUCCAAAUUUCUUGACUAAUAAAAGAGGACUCAGCAAGCUUUAAGAUAUUAAUCUCCUUUCAUUCUUUGCGUCACCACUGAGUAACUCCUGGGCCAUUUAUUCCACUGUUGGGUAUUUUGCUUUACCAUAUAUCAUAUUCGCAGUAUUGUGCUCCCCACAUAGAGGCAUUAAUCCAAUGUUAGAACAUGAAAAUAAUAAUAA